AUGUGUCGGGUUACCGGAAGAAGAGAUUUGUACCCAUAUGGCCUGGCUAACGGAGAUGUUUCUUUAAGAAAAGAAAAUGACUUUGCACAAGAGGUAGUCCUGGAUAGAGAUAUUCCUUUCGGAGGCAGAUAUCAUAGAACAUUAUACAUUAGUGAUAAUGGAGUCAUUUCAUUUGACGAUGCUGUUUUCGUAGAGACGAGUGACUCUAGAUUUAGAAAUCUACCGCUAUAUUACGAUGCGGACGGUGAUGGCAUUAUAGAGGAUCCGGACGCUAUAUUUGCAUUUUGGUCCGACGUGGAUAUUACAGACGAUGGCGGGAACAUAUAUUACCGUGUAACAACAAGCCAAUCAACACUCGAUAAAGCAACACAUGACGUCCGCAAGUACUUCCGGAGCAAUGUCAAUUUUAGAGCUCAAGUGGUUAUUGUAGUCACGUGGGAUCAAGUCUCCUUCUACAAUCAAGUUGGUGAUCAGGACCCUAGAAAUACCUUUCAGGUGGUCCUUGUUCAUGACGGCUAUGAUUCUUAUGUUAUUCUUCUUUACGAUUCCAUCAACUGGGUUGUUGGUACAAGGAUGAAUGGAGACUCCAACACUGGCCUCUACGGUUCUUCCAGAAUAGGCAUCGCAAUCAUAGGGUUUCUAAUGGCGGACGGUGUUAUUGCAGAAGUCUUUGCUUACGAUCAGGAUACUUUACUGAGUUUACCCAUUGAUAGCAAUGUUGAGGUCAAUGGAGUUUAUGCAUAUAAGAUUGACCAGCCCUCGAUCAUCGAUCCCUUAUGCAACCCUGCUAAUGAUUUAAUCAUCACACCAACUCAGUCGGGGAUGAUGGGAGGUGAGCCUAUUUAUCUCUACGGGCCGUGUUGGGUGCUAGAGAUUAUUCUGACUUGCGUUUUUACGUAUAACGAUGACAUCAUCCAAGAAGUUAACGCCACUGUAGUAGAUACCAAUAAAGCAUAUUGCAUUCCAGAUCCCUUCUUUCUAAUCGGUGAAGUCAUCAUCUCUGUUGUAAGAGAAGGCAAUCAUCACACCAACUCACCAUCUACUGUGUAUACAAUCACCGAGAGCAAUAGAGUCGCUCCUACCAUAACAAGAGGAGACCCCGACAGUCCCGCUUGGUACACUGCUGGAAAUGAAUUAGUCAUCAGUUGGGAAAAAGAUGAGGACAACUUUGGCAGCUCCGACAGCGCCCUCUCAAUAAGUGUUCUUGCAUACCGAGAGGACGACCCUGGACCACGAUGGGAAAAAGUGUAUGACGUAACAAGCGGGACUAAAGAUGACGGCUCUUACGCAUUCACCCCAUCGGCACAGAGUGGUGUGACGGAAGAGAACGCAUUUGGUGUUAUCCGCAUUACCGGGAAUUCUGACGACCGUAAGCGUGUUCUCUGGAGUGAUGUUCAUCCCUUAAGUUAUCUCCUAGAAGAUUCGUAUCAAGAUAAUACAGUUCAAUGGGCCUCGGAUAAAUGCAAUGAAUGGAUCACAUCAGAUGAUGCUAAAGGGAUUGUUCUGAAUAAUAGAACAGAAUGUCCAUGCACCCUAGACCAAGCUGAAGAAGACGUUGGACGAUUUAUCACAGAUGUUUCUUGUCAUCCAGAUGGCGGGGUAUCUAAUUGCGCCAGACACCAAGGUGCCAUACACUGCUUAUUUGCUGCUUACCCAAGUCCUGGAACGAUGUCUGGAACCACAUGUUGUUACGAUGCUAAUCGUCUCCUAAUGCACUCCGGGGAUACUAGAUACGCUGGUACAGACACCCGAUCACACAUCCGUGGUGCUGUCCCCUAUAGGCAGAAGAACCUCGUCCCUGAACUGUCCCUUUGGUCAAAUGACGUGAUGCCUAAAUAUAUUUGUUGCGAGUGGGCUAAUGACGACAGUUGUUCCGCCUAUAUGACCAGGAGACCUACGGCAGAUUGUGUUGCAUACGAACCGCCAGUUAACGCUAUUUCUUUUGGCGAUCCUCAUUUCAUCACGAUGGACCGAUAUAACUUCACAUUUAACGGACUAGGAGAGUAUACCUUACUUCGAUAUGCGAGAGAGAAGACAGGAUAUUACUUCUUUGAGCUACAGGGGAGGAUGAUACAAACAUACAAUGGUGAAAGGUUUAAUGUAACACAGUUGUCAGCGAUAGCAAUGAAAGAUUUGAAUUCCGACACCAUCUUUAUUGAGGCAGGAGUGAACAGUGGAUUACAAAUCUACAGGAAAGGUGCGAAUGGUGUAUGGCGUUUGGUUUAUUUCUCCCAGCAGACACUUCGCGUUCUUCAAGGUUGUGCUGUGGAGGUCACAAGAUUGGAACGCGAGGAUGAAAUCUACGAAUUGGUGGUCACGUUUGAAGCAACCGGCAUUUCCGUCCGAGUAACAUACAGCUUCAAAGAAAUGCUUGCUGUGCAACCAAUCCUGCCUACAACACUGGAGAGCGAUCAACUGUUCGGGUUGCUAGGCAACAUGGAUGGUAACCCUAGCAACGAUCUGCAGCGUCGAGACAGUAAUGGCUUUCUUGAUAAUCCUACUGAAGAGGAGAUCUUCCAGUUUGGACAAACAUGGGAAAUCGAAGCAGAUAACAAUCUUCUCCGCUACACGGCCGGAAGAGAUCAUUCUGACUACCAUGACUCUACGUUUGUACCCCUAAUGGACGUGACCCUUCCGACACCCUACUCAGCAUGUGAGGGUGUCAUACAGUGUCUGUUUGAUUACGAAGUAUCGGGUUAUGAUCACAAUCUUGCAAUGGCCACCCUGGAGGCUUUCAAAGCCUUCGAGAAUACAUCUGAAAUUAUUCGAAAAGUUGACUCAUGUCCGUAUCAGAACACACCGAAAAACGGAAACAAGACUUACGCAUCAGAUUCGAAUCAGUACUUCAAGGAUGCUACUGUGACGUUCAGUUGCAAGGAAGGAUGGGUCUUGUCUGGUUCUGCAGUUAGAACAUGCGAUUAUAGCUCAAAUAAUGGAACCUUGGAAUGGACAGGAUCAGAGACGCCAAGCGAAUGCAUUGCGUCAGUUUGUGGUUCCUUACAACCACCAGACAAUGGAUAUCUAGUUGUCGAUCAAACAGGGACGAAUGUUUCGGUUUCUUGUAAUGAGGGUUAUUCUCCUAGUGAAAACAUUACCUGCAACUUGGGAAGUUGGAAUAAUCUUCCUCCACAGUGUCUUUCAGAUGAAGAGCACACGACUCCGAAUGCAGAGACAACAUUCAUGACAGUGAGUACAUAUGAAUCUAAAAGUUCAACGACCCACUCUGAGAUGACAUCAUACUCUUCAAAUGAACCCACUGAGAAGAAGAAGAGCAAGUACUGCACCUGUCCUAUCACGGUUUGUCGCUUCAUCCAACUUAGAGGCAUCCAGCUUCCCCCAGCUUGA